AGAGAGAACCCAGUCAGAACCCAGUCAGAACCCAGUCAGAACCCAAUCAGAACCCAGUCAGCAGAGCUGGAGGAGCUUCAGGUCAGUUGGCGUCCAGAAGCUGCAGGACAGAAGGACCUCAGAGUUCUGACUCAGAGAGGAUGGAAAAACAUGCACUCCACACUUUUCAGAUUUUUGUUGCACACCAUCGGUUAUUUUCUUUUGGCAUAAAUAUGCCCACGUUCCAGCUUCUGAUCAACACAUCAAUAACAAUCUUUCAGAGCAACAUGAAUCAUUGUCUCCUCGUCCCGCCUUCAGUUUCAGCCUCUGGUCGCCGCCAGCUGCGUGUUUCCAGCUGAAGGAGUGAAAUGAAGUGAACUGGAGGCUGAGCGCUGAGCAGAGCGUCCCGUCGGUCGCUGCUGAGGAAGAGGAGAGAGAGGAAGCUGCGCUAUAAAAGCCGGAGUCUCCGCGCGGCUCCGGAGUUCGCAGGAGGCGGAGGAGCUUCUCUGGGUCUCCGGAUGCCGCGUUUCUCUGCAGCUGUCGAGAUGCUUCCGGCGGCCAGGCGCCGCUGCGGGUGAGGAUGAGGAGGAGGAGGCAGGAGCGGGUCUGACUGAGACUGCGGGACAUGCGGCGUCUUCUCCUGUGGAUGCGGGUUUGAGAGCUUCCCAAGCGGCCAGUCGGAGCUCGAUGAGCGGGCAUGUGAGGGAGGAAGGUGGAAGGAUGGAGCCGCCCGCCAGCUACGGAGGUCUGCUGAACUUCUCCACUAAUGACUCCGACACCAGCGGCUCCGGGGCGGAGCGGCGGGGCUCCAGUCUGGCCCCCCAGGCAGCUCUGGCCGUGACUCUGGGGCUCGUCACCUGCGCCACCACGCUCUCCAACGCCUUCGUCAUCGCGACCAUCUACCAGUCCCGGAAGCUGCACACCCCGGCCAACUUCCUCAUCGCGUCCCUGGCGCUCACGGACCUGCUGGUGUCCGUCCUGGUGAUGCCCAUCAGCGCGCUGUACACGGUGCUGCAGACCUGGCCGUUGGGUCAGGUGAUGUGCGACAUCUGGCUGUCCUCGGACAUCACCUGCUGCACCGCCUCCAUCCUCCACCUGUGCGUCAUUGCGCUGGACCGGUACUGGGCCAUCACGGACGCGGUGGAGUACUCCAAGAAGCGCACGGCGGGACGCGCCGCCGGUAUGAUCGCCACCGCCUGGGUCAUCGCCAUCUCCAUCUCCCUACCGCCUUUCUUCUGGCGCCAGGUGAAGGCGGAGGAGGUGACGAGCUGCAACGUGAACACGGACCACAUCUUCUACACCAUCUACUCCACCUUCGGAGCCUUCUACAUCCCCACGCUGCUGCUCAUAUGCCUGUACGGCCGGAUCUACGUGGAGGCGCGGAAGCGCAUCCUGAAGCAGGCGCAGAACAAACAGGGGAAGAGGCUGACCUCUGCGCACCUGACCAGCAGCUCCCCCGGCUCCGUGGCGUCCACCACCUCCUUGAACUACGGGACGAACGACGCCUCCUCCUGCGACACGACCUCGUCCUCCCCCAGUGUGAGCCAAGUCAAAGUCACCGUGUCGGACGCGCUGCUGGAGAAGAAGCGCAUCUCUGCGGCCAGGGAGCGGAAGGCCACCAAGACCCUGGGCAUCAUCCUGGGCGCCUACAUCGUCUGCUGGCUGCCGUUCUUCAUCUACACCCUCCUAGUGCCUCUCUGCGAGUCCUGCUUCCACCCAGGGCUGUUCGACAUCUUCACCUGGCUCGGGUACCUCAACUCCCUCAUCAACCCCAUCAUCUACACCAUGUCCAACGAGGACUUCCAGCAGGCCUUCCACAAGCUCAUGCUGCGCUUCAGGUGCCGCAGGGCGUGAGGACUGGUUCAUUCAAAUGGGGCCAAAAACCAGCCCACAUGUGGGACCCAUACUGGGGUUGUCUGCAGGGUAUGUAACAAUCCAUGGUGGUUAAGGGGGCUCAGCCAGUCCCAUCUGGGUCCCAUCUGGGUCCCAUGGGGGCCACAGGUCACAAGCUGGAGGGCUGCAGAACAAGCAUGAGGCUUUUCAGUCAUCAGUGCUGCUGGAACCCAUCUGACAUUCACAGGUGGGACCCAUCGUCCAAAACUAGGAUUAUCCUAGGCUUCAUAACCAAACAGACUGAGUGGUUCCUGCCAGCAAGUACACACUGGACCCCUCUGGGCCCCAUCUUCAAGUUGUCCAACACGUUGCUGGAUGUUGUAGAGGACCCUGCAGAGAUCUGUGGGCCCAACCAGGACGGAAAUGAGCUGAAGGCCAUCAGAUCCAAAGUAGAAGUUUAACCAAUCAAAAGGUUUUGAAUCCCUGAGAUCAUUUAUGUUUCUAAAUUUGAACGGAACUGAAGCCUUAGAGACUCGGUUUGUCCGUUUGUUGAGGUUCAAAUUCAGCAAAAACAAGCAGAUUUAAAAGUUCAGAUGGAGAUCAGGUCCAACCAACAUGGUGCCAACGACUGGACCCACGCGGGUCCCACAGUUUAGUUCAGAAGGUUCCCAUAGCUGGACCCCCUGGCCUGGGUUUGUCCUGUGCAGGGGUUAAAGGUUAAAGGCCGCAUAAUGAGUUUAGCAAGAGGCAACAUUGAUCAUCAUGUUUUGAGCUGAGUUCUGAUAAAGUAGCUACAGUGGGCCCCAUGUUUAGGCCAGGAACAUUCAGAACCGACCAGGGCCAAACCAAUCCCAUAUGGGGCCCACAUGGUUGGCUGGGACCUGAAUCUCGCCCACUGGUUUCCCUUCAGGCUCAGAUUGUUCUGAACAACGCAGGGCGGGCUGGGACCCAUCGGUCCUGAUGCUGCAGCAGAAGGAACCAGAAUGACUUGGAGGGCACCCCGGACUGGACCCCCAGCCCUGGACUGGGCAACUGAACUCGGACUGGGCCCUUGGACUGAGUGACCAUUUGUGUUUAAUUUUUCUGACUCAAUCAGAGGAACUGUUGGUACCGACCCAGAACCGGUUCUAGUCUAAUAAAGAAGGUUGAUGUGGCA